AUGCUGAUCCUCCUCGCCAUCUUCGUCGGCCUCAGCCACGCGGCCCUGCUCCCGCGCGACGGCGCCUGCGUCACCGGCCAACUCGAGUGCUUCGGGAGCUGCAUCGACCCCGCGUCCGACAACACGCACUGCGGCGCCUGCCGCACCUGGUGCGUGGCGGAGCCGGGGCGGCCCGCGGCCGCCUGCGUCGCGGGGCGGUGCAUGUGUCCCUCGGGCCCCGCGUGCGGGUGGACGAGCGGGCCCGGCUUCUUCUGCCCCGACCUGUCGUCGCACAUCGGCCACUGCGGCGCGUGCGGGAACGCGUGUGCGUCCGGCCCGUGCGUCGACGGCACAUGCACGACUUGCGCCGGCACGUUUUGCGCCAGCGGGAGCGGCGGGAGCUGCGUCGACGUGCUGUCGGACGCGGCGCAUUGCGGCGCGUGUUUCCAGCGCUGCGACGCCGCGUCCGGCGCGACGUGUGUCGACGGCGCAUGCGCGUGCCCCGCAGGCCGCACGAGCUGCGGCUUCGCGUUCGCGCAGCAGUGCGUAGACGUGCUGCGGGACGCGGCCAACUGCGGCGCAUGCGGCGUGCGGUGCGACGCCGCGUGUGUCGACGGCGCGUGUUGUCCGCCCGGACAGGAGGAUUGCGGCGGGCUCCGGCUGCCAUCCUCGAUCCACCUGGUGCGCUCAAAAUACGUAGCAUAA